AUGGAGACAGGAGAAGGCAAUCAAGAUCGAAAGCCAAAAAUGUUUGCUUUGUUUAGCGAUGAUGGCAAAUCAUUCUCAUUCAGAAGUAGUCGACCUGCUCCUCCAGUUGAAGAGACAUCUCAACCAGAAGUACAAGUAAAAACAUGGGAACAGAUAUGUCAUAAUUUUUUAACAAAUCCAGAAGAAAUCACCAAUUUUCAGGGAGAAGAUCAAUAUAAUGAACGUUCAAACGACUAUAGCAAUAAAAAUCGAAACUCAGGUAAAUUUAAUAAGCCAAAACCAAAUGUUUUCAUUCAGAAACUACGAAAUUCUGGAAAACUCGACAAGCACGACGAAAAUGAUGAUGAACAACACGUUUCUGUUGGAAGACAAAUCGCAUUACAAAAGGAGAAAGAAGCUGCUCAGCACCAAUUCUUAGUUCUUAGGAAAGCCGCUAUGUCUGAAGCUAAAUUACAAAAGAAACGUGCAAAACUUUAA